UUAUGCAUGAACCGCAGAUAAACCAACUCCACAUCCUACCUCUUGAAUUCAAUUCAUGAGUCGGAAUAAAAAAGGGUUAAAACUCAAAAGGACAAGCUGUGGCAUAUCCAUGACCACUGAAAAUGGCACUUUUGGUUGCAUGUACCUUCCUUCAUCCCCCCCUUUUCCAUUGUUCAUUAUAAAUAAUUGCUGCACUUUGUUUCUAACAGCAAACACAACUCCACCACUAUUAUACAACUAUAAUAAUAACGGCUGCAUAGAUAGCACACUUUCAUUUUUCUCUUAUCUCCUUUUCUCUUCUAUAACUAUGUCUCAUCUGAGCCACAAGACCUUGGUUUAUCUUCCUGAAAUGAGGCCUGAACAUGAAGCUGAGGAAGGCCAAGCCAAUAGUCUUAGUUCCAUUUCUUCUUGGCCUCAUCGUUUGGAGAAUGUUUUCCCUGUUUAUGCCAUGGGAACUUCCAACCCUGUCUUGAAUUCUUCACUUCACAUUUCGGAUUGUCUUGAUCCUAUUUGGGAUGUUGUCAGAGAAGAAGCCAAGUUAGAGGCAGAAAAGGAGCCAAUAUUAAGCAGCUUCUUCCAUGCCACUAUUCUAUCUCAUGAUUGCUUGGAGGAAGCAUUGGCUUUUGCUCUUGCCAACCGUCUCCAAAAGCCUACUCUUUUGGCUACUCAGCUUAUGGAUAUAUUUUCUAAUGUGAUGAAGCAUGAUAAAGGUAUCCAACAAUCGAUUCGCUUGGAUAUUCAGGCAUUUAAAGAUCGGAAUCCUGCUUGUUUGUUAUAUUGCUCAGCACUUUUAUUUAUGAAGGGUUACCAGUCUUUGCAAGUAUAUCGAGUAGCUCACGCUUUGUGGAGGCAGGGACGCAAGGUUUUGGCCGCAGCUUUGCAAAGUCGAGUUAGUGAGGUUUUUGGAGUUGAUAUACAUCCCGCUGCGAAAAUUGGGGAUGGAAUCUUAGUAGAUCAUGGGACAGGUGUUGUUAUUGGUGAAACAGUUAUUGUUGGAAGCAGAGUUUCAUUGAUGCAAGGUGUAACUUUAGGUGGCACGGUAAAGGAAACAGGUGAUCGGCAUCCCAAAAUUUCUGAAGGUGUGCUAAUUGGAGCUCAUGCAACUAUACUUGGGAAUAUAAGAAUUGGUGAAUGUGUGAUGAUAGCUGCUGGCUCUCUUGUGUUACAAGAGGUCCCUCCUCACAGCAUUGUGGCUGGUGUACCAGCAAAGGUUAUUGGAAGAGUACAUGAGCAUUAUCCAUCCUUAACCAUGCAGCAAGAUACUAUUUGAUAUUGAAGGUAUAUAACACUUUGAAAUGAAUGGAAGAUGAAAAUAAGCAUCUUUCGGAGGAGUUUUUUCUAUAGCAAAGAUGAACCACAGAAAAUGACUACAUAAUUUGAGUUGCUGAAAAAAAAAAUAUAGACAAGAGAAGAGAAGUGCAAAUAGAAAUCCCGGGUUGAAGUACUUGAGUUUUUUCACUGAAUUUUCAAGCUUCAACAAGAGUUUGGUACAUUUACAAUUUUGGAGCACAGCUCAGUCAUGGGGAGUCUUAUUCUUGGCAUUGGAGUCUCUCAACAGGGGAUCUCCCAACCUUUGCAUUGUUGAAGGAUACAUCACCCUCUUAAUAAAUUUCAACAAAGAAAAAAGUGUUUGAAGUUUGAACUCUCAAACUUAAAUAUUAGAAGUUAGUAGUACAAUAAGCAGGAAUAAGUAGGCCCAUUUAAGCUCAAAACCAGAGAAUAAUCGAUAGAAUGAUCGAAUGAUGAAGCUCAAAAAGAUGUCAUGUAGAUGUUUGAUCAGUUUUAAAUUUGUAAUAUACCUCCCAAGUAUUUUAAUUCAAUGCAAAAACAAGAAUAAUUAAUAGAAU